UGUUCCCUAGCCUGCCACUACGCCUCCCGGAAACGGCCCUUCGAACCUAGGGCAAGAAACAACCAAUAUACCGACGCAACGACGAACAGGAAGGUAUGGACCCCAUGUCCGCAAUUGGCGUUGCGGCAAAUAUCCUGCAAUUUGUCGAAUUUGGCGCGAAGCUAUGCGGGAGAAUUCAGGAGGUCGCAAGCUCUGCAACUGGCCUAACUGAAGAAAAUGCGCACCUGGAUUCGACAGUUGAUGAGUUGAGAAAUGUAACGGAUGGACUUAUUACGAAUCUGAAAGGGAACACCCAGCAUGAGGCUGAGCUUGUUAAACUCGCCGCCCAGUGCAGGGACCUGUCGGCGGAGCUGACAGACAUGCUCUCUAAGCUCAAACCCAAGAAAGACGAUCGCUUUUGGUCUAGUAUUCGCGCAGCUUGGAAGAGUACAGUAAAGGAGAAGAAGGUUUUAUCAAUUGAGCGACGGCUUGGGGAGUAUCGAGCGCAGAUAAUUUUGCGUCUCAAUUUUAUGCUAUAUAAUGAGCAGUCGCCGAUCAAGGAAUACUUGAAGCGUCUCGAGCUGCAAGCUAUCAACCUAAAGGAUCAACAUGAUACACAGGCGCAAACGCAACAAGAUCUUUUAAGGGGCCUCAUUCAGCGCCUAGAGACAAUGAAAACAAGCAACGAUGUUUCUUCCGGCUUGACUGCAUGUCACGAUGUCAUGCAAGAACCGAAAUCUGGUGCCAACAAAAUACCGGACCGAAACGAAAUCCUUCGUGCAUUGUAUUUUAAGGGGAUGUUUCACAGGGACGACAAUAUCCAUGUAGCGGUAGGGGAUACAUACCGUUGGUUGAUUCGCGAGAAUGAGUUGUGCAAGUGUAGCGAAAAAUCAAAGCAGGACAGUUCGAUCCGUACGGCCACUAGGGAAAACAAUUUCGAUAAUUCUGUUACGGAUUCUGCCCCCAACGGCGUCGAAAAACCUGCCGAUAUUGUAUCACCAGAGCUUGUACAACUCAAGGAACACAGUACCGACAAACAAGAAGCACUGAAAACUGUCGCCCACAGUACAAGUGGAGAGCAGGACGAAGACGAUGAAGGCGAUAUCGAAAACAGGAAAAGUGAUGCCUGUUUUCAUUGCCUUCAAGAGGCCUUCGAAGAAGAAGUAUCCCUACGAAAAACAUCUGCAAGCAGGUUCAUGCAGUUUCUGCUCUAUGAGAAUUCUGUAUUCUUUAUAUAUGGAAAAGCAGGAUCAGGGAAGUCCACACUAAUGAAAUACCUUGCGGGCUCUGAGAAUGCGACUGUAAGGGGAUCCCUAAACAAGUGGGCUGGAGGCUGCCGCUUGGUAUCCGUUGCUGUCUUUUUCUGGAACGCUGGCGGCAGCCUGCAGAAGUCCCUUGAAGGCCUCUACCGAUCGCUUCUAUAUCAAGUGCUCAGGCAAUGCCCAGGGAUGGCUACUGGGGUCUUUGGCGAUAGAUCUGGUCUGUCUGAAUGGGAGGAAGCCAGGCUCCCUCUUCUCAAGAAAUCCAUGGCCAAGCUAGUCCAGAUUCUGCACCAUGGUCAGUACAGGCUCUGUCUAUUUGUCGAUGGACUUGAUGAGUAUGAGGGUGAUAGCCGUGACAAAGCUGAGCUGGUCAAGGAGGUUCAAACCUGGGGCGCUGAAGAAAAUGUUAAGAUUAUCUGCAGUGCUCGUCCUCAUCCGGAAUACAUGCACGCCUUUACCAACCAUGAAAGAUGUGUGCCGCUUCACGAACAUACAAAGGCAGAUAUUUUGGAGUAUGCGAUGAAUAGUUUCUGCGACGCUUCCUCAUCUGACUGCUCUACACACUCCAGUCUAUUGACCCUAGCCAAGGAGAUAGUGGCUCGGGCGGAGGGUGUCUUUUUAUGGGCCUAUUUGGUUGUUAGAUCACUGAGCUCGAAAUUGCAGAUCUAUUCCAUCAAGCAGUUGCAAGGUAUGCUGCGCGCCACGCCACGGACGUUGGACAGUCUAUUUGAUCAGCUGCUAGAAGAUCUCGACCCAUUGAGCCAGCAGCAAGCAGAAAAGUUUCUCCUCCUCGCUGCCCAUAGUCCAUAUUACACCCUCAGUGCUCUUUCGUUCUCCUGGAUUAAAGCUCUCGAGAACCCCAAUUUUCCCUUCGAUAAGGCAAUGUGCUGUUAUUCCAAUAUCGAAAUCAAGCAGCGAUUAGAUCGAAUACAAAAGCAGGUCGAAGCAUCAACGCGGGGAAUGUUGGAAAUCCAGCCAUCUAGGGCCAGAUUCGGCAUCGAAACUCACGUCUUCUUCAGGAGCAGGAUAGACUUUUUCCAUCGUUCCUUUAGAGAAUAUUUGCUGGCCCGGUGGCAUGACAAGAAACCUCCGGGUUUCGAGACCUACGUACGAAUAGCUUUGGCGGAAGUCAAGUUUUCCUACACUAUGGACUCUUAUACAGUGCCGUUUCCAGACUUUGAGCCAUGUUUCGAUAACUUGACCAUCCUCAGGGAGACCUUAGACUGGCUAAGCAAGGAUAGGACGGUCUUGCCAAGUCGAUACUGCGAGGAGAUCGAAAGAAUAUUUGACAGUUAUAAGGGGCUUCUGCAUUCCUCCUUACAGACUCAGGACAACAACCGGUCGAAAAUAUCGAUUUUUCAACCGCACACGGUUUCUGGCGCCAGCUAUGGUACCAUAGAGGGUCAAUCUAAAAUAACAUACCGGGAGACCAACAACAGAGAAUGUUCUUUUUCCAGCUUGAAUUUCCUGGCGGUAUACAUCCCAUCGGCCCUCCCAUACCUAAUACAGCGAAUCAAGGAGUUUCCAACAACACAACGGCGGUGUGAUAACCUGGUUGAUGCACUCAUUUCCGCGUCUCUCUCAGGAAACGAGGAAAUUCUAGAAGCGGUUUUGCCAUAUUUUAUGGAGAAGGGAGUGACACCGAACUCCGUCACGACCGCCUGGCAGCAGCAGGGUAGUGAGAUCAAAGCAUCUACCAUAACCGCUUGGCUGGCGUUAAUUGCAGAAAGCAGUGUCAGUAGAGUAUACGCGUGGCGGACGAUUGAAACAUACCUAAGAUUAGGAGCCGAUCCUUGCGUCAUUUUUCUUAUAUUCCUCGGUUGGAUUGGAGAGGAGGAACAGGGUGACGAGAUGAGGAUGAGAUACGCAGAGCUACCACAGCUGAUAGAACGCUACCAGGCAGAGAAUAAACAGUCCCUGCUCCAGUUGCUGCGUCCAGCUGCUAGCGGGCGAAGUUGGUGGAACGAUGUCACCAGUAUUUAUUCAACCUGGGCCUCGCAACCGAAACAGCCUAAUUAUAUCGAAGAGGCUCGCGAAAGAUACAAGCAAGCAACAGACGCUGAACUUAGCGAUAAAUUCUUAGUCAUGGAGGUGAUGACAAGCGAUUACCGAUUGACCCGGGAUUUUAUUAUCCAGCUGUAUUAGUUCGGAGACUCGAAUUACCGAGCAGAUAAGCAGCGCUGAGCU